AUGAAAAUGAUAAGAAGACUGCACCAUUGUUCAACUAUCAAAGAGGAAUGUCUUCUUAAUGAUGUUGGAGUUUGCACAGGUGCCCUUUUCAUGCAACAGGAAGAUUCUAACAGUGCAUUUAGAACAUAAUGGGAUUUCAGGGGACGGAGAGCAGGUGGUGAGGGGCAAGGACAAUUUUGGAGUAGAUUGUUAAGUCUGGGAUAUAUGGCAAGGUUGAUCCCAAGGAGGAGUUGGAGGUGAAGGGAGGAUUACCAAGCUCAGAGCCCAGCCAACCCCCAAAGCACCAGCAGGACUGCACCACACACUCCUUGAGAGCAGGGCCCCUCCCACGGCAGUCUUUCCCUGUCAAACAUCCGUUUGCCCAUCCUUUCAGACAGCCAGAGAACUUUUUUUUUUUUAAGUACCAUCUAGGCGGAGGUUUUUUUUUUGCCUCCUGUAGCACUCUCCUUUUGUCCCUUUUUCUGAGGUGUCCUUCCAUGUUCUGAUUCUCAAGAACACACUCCAAAUUAAUCCACAUAUGGUUCCUAGAAGUCACUUUAUUUUGCAAGUAGUUGCCAACAUUUUGCUUAGGAAUGCUUUUCCAGAAAGUCAUCCAUCCAUCUACUGUCACCAGAAAAAGCCUCCCAUAACAUGACUCCUCCCUGCCUCAGACUGUAGUGGGCAGAUAAUCCACAAAUGUGUGCUUCCUUCAUGGUCCCCAUUUGCUAGUCCGUCAAGCCUCUGUGUGGCUAUUUCCAUUGACAGGGAAGCUCCAUAUCUUUUGACUUUUGCUGCACAUUUAAAAGUAUGACUAAGUCCAGAUGUGUGCUCUAUCUUCUGCUAUCUUCUAUAUUCUGCUCGGUGUCUAUCUUCCUCAACAGACUCAAGGGCAUGUCACUCAUUUCUUACAGCUACAAAAAGGUCUUGAGUCUAUCAUUUUUACAUUGGGAAAGGUAGGAGCCAGGAGAGAAAGAGAAUCUCAGGAGGCUCAGGUAGUGUGAAAAAAAUCCAACUAGCUUAAUGAAGUUGCAGUAAUGGUAAUCCUAGCUUGCAAGGAGUGAGGGACAAGAUCAGAUUGUCUUGGAGAGAGGGGAAUUGGCCAUUAGACUUUUCUGUCUUGUUAAAAGAGGACAGGAGGUGCUUUAAAAAAAAAAAUUGAGCAACACUCUUGUUUGUGUGGUUUCAGUGGAACAGCUGGGGGUUUUUUGCUGGGUCAUCGGCAGUACAGUUCCUGUGGGUGCCGGGAGUGCAGGCUGGGCUCUAGUAAAUCUGCAGUUUACCAUUUCUCCACUAAAACACCCCAGCAAUGCUAAGUCACUGUUUACUUUGCAAAAUCACACUAAGCGCCUGCUGUGUGUCGAGCACUGUGCUGUGAAAAGCUGCAGUGCGCCUCCAAGGCCUCAUGGUGUCGGCCCUGCAGGAAAUGGCCAGAUAGGGUGGUGAGCCUCAAAUGGGAUUCUGCCGUGUGCUCUAGAAGCUGGAAGCAAGGCACCACAGCCACGGGCCAGAUCUGAGAUUCCCAAAGGAGGUGAUCUCCAGGUUGAGAUCUGGCACAUGAGACAGGAGAUUCCCACUUCCCACAGACAUGGGCUCCCUGCUCUCAGCCUGCCUCUCCCAUGCCUAGGGAGAUGGGGUCACAGAUACAGUGAAUGCAAUGAGUGACGCUAGUUUCUCAUUUUUGAAAGAUUUCUCCAUGGACAAUGGCAGCUACAAUUCAGGCCAUGGAGAGGAAGAUCGAAUCGCAGGCUGCCCGCUUGCUUUCCCUAGAAGGUCGAACAGGGAUGGCUGAGAAGAAGCUGGCUGAUUGUGAGAAGACGGCCGUGGAGUUCGGCAACCAGCUGGAGGGCAAGUGGGCCGUGCUGGGGACCCUGCUGCAGGAGUACGGGCUGCUGCAGCGGCGGCUAGAGAACGUGGAGAACCUGCUGCGCAACAGGAACUUCUGGAUCCUUCGGCUGCCCCCUGGCAGCAAGGGGGAGGUCCCCAAGGUGCCCGUGACCUUUGAUGAUGUGGCCGUGUAUUUUUCUGAGCAGGAGUGGGGCAAGCUGGAGGACUGGCAGAAGGAGCUCUACAAGCAUGUGAUGAGGGGCAACUAUGAGACACUGGUCUCCCUGGACUAUGCCAUCUCCAAGCCUGAAGUCCUCUCCCAGAUUGAACAAGGCAAGGAGCCCUGCACCUGGCGUCGUGCUGGCCCCAAGGUUCCAGACGUUCCUGUGGACCCCAGUCCAGGUGAAGGGUGGGAGAAGGCCAGGGAGACACCAGGCUCUGGGCCCCCUGUUCCUGCCCCUGACCUUCUGAUGCAGAUCAAGCAGGAAGGCGAGCUCCAGCUACAGGAGCCACAGGCACUGGGCGUGGAGGCCUGGGCAUCCGGGCAGCCAGAUAUUGGGGAGGAGCCCUGGGGCCUCAGCCAACUGGACUCUGGGACAGGAGACAUCUCCACAGACGCUACCUCAGGCGUCCAUUCCAACUUUCCAACCACUAUCCCACCCACUUCCUGGCAAGCAGAUCUCCCUCCCCACCAUCCUUCAUCAGCAUGCUCAGACGGGACACUGAAGCUCAACACAGCAGCCUCCACAGAAGCAGAUGUAAAAAUUGUGAUCAAAACAGAAGUCCAAGAGGAGGAGGUGGUGGCCACACCUGUGCAUCCUACCGACUUGGAGGCCCAUGGGACUCUAUUUGCACCAGGCCAAGCCACAAGGUUUUUCCCUAGUCCUGUCCAAGAAGGAGCCUGGGAAAGCCAGGGUAGUUCCUUCCCUGGCCAGGACCCCGUGUUGGGGCUGCGUGAGCCAGCCAGGCCUGAGAGGGACAUGGGAGAGCUCAGCCCUGCAGUGGCCCAGGAGGAGACCCCUGCGGGGGACUGGCUCUUUGGUGGGGUCCGGUGGGGCUGGAAUUUCCGGUGUAAACCUCCGGUGGGCCUGAACCCAAGGACCGUGCCAGAGGGGCUGCCUUUCUCCUCUCCAGACAAUGGAGAGGCCGUCCUGGAUCCCAGCCAGGCCCCGAGACCCUUCAACGAGCCCUGUAAAUACCCUGGCCGGACGAAAGGCUUCGGCCACAAACCCGGCCUGAAGAAGCACCCUGCAGCGCCCCCGGGAGGCCGGCCCUUCACCUGCGCCACCUGCGGGAAGAGCUUCCAGCUGCAGGUGAGCCUGAGCGCGCACCAACGCAGCUGCGGCCUGCCAGAUGGCACGGGCACAGCCACCAGCACCGGCACGGGUGCGGGCACGGCCACCUCAGGGGGCGGCAGCGCGCGGGACGGCAGCGCCCUGCGGUGCGGGGAGUGCGGCCGCUGCUUCACGCGCCCCGCGCACCUCAUCCGCCACCGCAUGCUGCACACGGGCGAGCGGCCCUUCCCCUGCACCGAGUGCGAGAAGCGCUUCACAGAGCGCUCCAAGCUCAUCGACCACUACCGAACGCACACAGGCGUGCGGCCCUUCACCUGCACCGUCUGCGGCAAGAGCUUCAUCCGCAAGGACCACCUCCGCAAGCACCAGCGCAACCACGCCGCGGGGGCCAAGGCGCCGGGCCGCGGGCAGCCGCUCCCGCCCCUGCCCACCGGGCCCCCCGACCCCUUCAAGAGUCCCGCAGCCAAAGGACCCUUGGCUUCCACAGACCUCGUGACCGACUGGACUUGUGGCCUAAGCGUCCUAGGACCCACUGAUGGUGGCGACCUGUGAACACCCCCACUACCAUAGCCCCCGUGGGCUAAAAUGUACAAAGUCCUGAGUGCAGACAGCAGGGUGGCGUUGAAAGCCUAGAGGCAGAGAGGGAGACUGGCAGAACCAAAUUCCCACAUUGCUGAACUGAUCACUGGAACAAGAGGAACGCUCCACCUCUAGACACAGUAGGAUUCUGAUUGUGAAACUGCAUACCGUAGUAGCAUUUCAAGUAAUUUAACUGCAAACCCGGUUUUUGUUCUUGUUUCUUUUUUAAUUCUUGAGGGAAAAGCUGGAAAACAGUAGCAGCAUCAGUUGAGAUCCUGUCGUGCACUUUUGUUUUUCAGGGUGUGUGUCCGCCAUGUCUCCCGAGUCUGAUGGCGUGCUGGGAGGGUGGUUGGUGGGGUCCUGGAGGUGAGGAGGGCCCUGGAUACCCCUGGCCCCAGGACUUCUAGGGAUUGGUCUCCAGACAGCGCAGUCUGUGGGAGCUGACUCACCAGUCUGCCUGGGCAGCAGGUCUGGGCCUUGGACUCCUGGGCCUGGGCAAAGAAAGGUACAGGACCUGGAACCCCAGCUUCCACUCAGCAGGAAGGACCAGACCAGGAGAGUCAAGGCAGUGGUCAGCUUGCCUGCCUCUCUCGAAAGGCCCCUAAGCACUGGCCUGGCUUUUCCCUAUUCUGCACCAUGCCAUCUGCAGUACUGUCCUAGAGCACUUGACAACAUCCCCCAGGGACUCCUGGGCCCCAUCAAGGAGAGCCAUGUGGAGCUGUCAGGUCUGGAGGAGGUGAAGAGCCAAGGCUGAGCGUGGAGCCCUCACAUCUGGUUAUGCAGAGCCAGGCCUGGAGCCAGCCAGCCGCCCAGGCCCCAGAUGCUUCUGGUGUGCUGCCCCUCCUAUAGUGUCUCAUUUCCAGAGUACUUGCACAUCACAUCUCACUUGAUCAUACCUGACUUUGGGAAGUAGCAGGACAGGUACUUGUUUCUUUAUAGAAAUGAGGAGAUUCAAGGGGGGCAUAUCUCAGCCUCUCGCCAUUGAAUACACAAUGUGUGCCAGGAGCCAGGAAGAGCCACAGCUGGGACACAGUUCCUCCUGAAGCCUUAGUUUAAGGGAGAAAAGGUUUUGGGUUUUGCCCUCUGAAAAGACUUGUCCCACACCCAGUGAGUCAGAUCCUUAGGCCUCAGAGGAGUAUCUGGCUCCGCAGCCUUGGAAAACCUGGCCUCUUUGGUGUGUGCGCUCAUUCACACACUAGGGCUGCUCAGGAGGCAACCUGGGAGGCUGGUAACAUGUGAGUGGCUUGCUCAGUCCCAUCUCAAAAGUCUUCAAAGUGGAAUUAGAAAUGGGCCCAGAUUUCUUGUCCACCGUAGUGCUAUCCCCACCACACACAUAUCCAUUCCUGGUUUUUGAAGCAGCCUUUGGUCCUCUUGCCCAAAAGGGUUCCUGCCUGUCUUUGCAAGGAAAGGCCAUGGCAUCCAUUCAUUCACUCUGUCCUGCAUUUUAUUAGGAUAGACUAGUUAAGAAAAAUGUUUAUGUAUUGUAUAUUUUGUACCUGUUUACACUUCUAAUAUUGAUAUAACUGAUAUUUUGAAAAAUAAAUGAACAGAAAACAUCCUGUUAAAAUAAAACCUAACCAGCACCAAGGCA